AUGAUAACACCUGAUAGGCAAAUAAGACGAUGGAUUUUAAACCGAUUAAACUACACAUGGGGAAAAGAAGAAAUAAAAGAGACAGAGACUCUCUCACUCUCUCUCUCUCUCUCUCUCUCUCUCUCUCUCUCUCUCUCUCUCUCUCUGUGUCUUCUCCCCCUCUCUCUCUCUUUAUGUCUUCUUUCAUUUUCUUUCUCAUUCUAUGCCUCAGCUUCUCCCCCUCUCUCCCCCUCUCCCCCUCUCUCUCUUUCACGCUUGCUCUUCUUCUCUCUUUAUUUUUCUCGCCUUCCUUUUCUCUCGGCUAAUUAUCUGAUCUAUCUGAAUCUGGUGGUUGUUGUCGAGGUCAAAGAGACAACAUCUGACCAAAUUUACAGCAUCUUUCUUUCUUCAAAUAUACAGCAUCUUUCUCUCUCCAAAUUUACAGCAUCUUUCUUUCUCCAAAUUUACAUCAUCUUUCUCUCUCCAAAUUUACAGCAUCUUUCUCUCUCCAAAUUUACAGCAUCUUUCAUUCUCCAAAUAUACAGCAUCUUUCUCUCUCCAAAUUUACAGCAUCUUUCUCUCUCUCCAAAUAUACAGCAUCUUUCUUUCUCCAAAUUUACAGCAUCUUUCUUUCUCCAAAUUUACAGCAUCUUUCAUUCUCCAAAUAUAGAGCAUCUUUCUCUCUCUCCAAAUAUAGAGCAUCUUUCUUUCUCCAAAUUUACAGCAUCUUUCAUUCUCCAAAUUUACAGCAUCUUUCUCUCUCCAAAUUUACAGCAUCUUUCUCUCUCCAAAUUUACAGCAUCAUUCUCAGAAUUUUCCCAAACUCCUGUAAUUUGUGUCCGUGCUCAAUUUUUUCUUUCAAUCUAUUCGCUAUUUUCUUUGUUUUUUCUUAGAUGCCUGUUUUGUCAUUCAUUCAUGUUUUUCAUUUCCAAAAAUCUUACUUAUUCUCUCUUCUUUUUGCAGCUUUCUUUUUUGAGUAUUUCUUUAAGUCCUCCCUCUGCUUUUCUCUAUGUUCGAAUUUCUCUCUAUCACUUUCCUUUAUUCCCUUUUUCUUCUUCUUUAUUCUUUCGUUCUAUUUAUCUUCUUUUUUUCUAUCUUUCUUGUCCUCCAAAAUCAACAAUCUGGCCUGAAUCUUUUUUCUUUUCGACUAUUUUUUUUCUCUUAGUCACUUUUUCAUUCCAUCCCUGUUUCUGUUUGUCGCUCUCUUCCUUACUUCCCUCUCUCCCUAUUCCUGUUACCCUUUACACUUUUUUUUUCUCCGUCAUUCUCUCACUGUCUGCUUCCAACGGAAUUUGCCUAAACAAGUCUCCAGCUCAUCCAUUAUUCAUCCAGAUAGUUAGCCGUCAUCCAAACCUAACGGCGGCCAUUUAUUCCUCCCUAUCUUCUUCCUAG